AGAGAGAGAGAGAGAGAGAGAGAGAGAGAGAGAGAGAGAGAGGGAGGGAGAAUUAGAGACAUGUCAGGGACCCAAGGCACGAGAGACUGAGUGUGUGGACCCUGGGAGCGGAGCGGUCGGUCGACGGGAGGAUGAAUCACAGACGGUCUGCCACGGAUCACCACAGCCGUCCGGCGGGCCACAGCGCUGAGAGCAGGGUCAGGAGCCGCGACAACCUCCUGGUGAACGAGGACUUGGAAGAAGACCACCUCUAUGGAUUCCAUCCUGGCCGCGGCAGCACGGAACGACAGCUCUUGGCGCGUCAGAUCAUCGCUAAGCGCCAACGGGGUCUGCGUGGCCCCGCCUAUAUGUUCUCGGCCCCUUCCGUCAGCCUAUCGGAGGCUGAGCAGCGCUUCCUGGAUGCGGCCGAGUACGGGAACAUUCCUGAGGUUCGGCGCAUGCUCUCGCACAUGACCAGUCUCAACGUCAACGCGGUGGACUACAUGGGCCAGAAUGCAUUGCAGCUGGCUGUGGCGAAUGAGCACCUGGAGGUGACAGAGCUGCUCCUGGGGAGGGAGGAGUUAGCGAGAAUAGGCGACGCCCUCCUUCUAGCCAUCAGUAAGGGGUAUAUUCGCAUCACUGAAGCUCUGCUUGGCCACUCCUCGUUCAGUGACAGACGUCGUCUGGUCGCCAGCCCCUCGCAGGCCGACAUGCUGGAUGACUUUUAUGCCUACGAUGAGGACGGGACACGCUUUUCCCAUGACGUGACCCCGGUGAUCCUGGCAGCCCACUGUCAGGAGUAUGAGAUCGUCCACACCCUGCUGGGCAAAGGGGCUCGCAUCGACCCCCCCCACGACUAUUUCUGCUGCUGCGACUCCUGCAACUACCAACAGCAGUACGACUCCUUCAGCCACUCGCGAUCGCGGAUCAACGCCUACAAAGGCCUCGCCAGUCCUGCCUACCUCUCCUUGUCCAAUGAAGACCCAGUGUUGGCUGCCCUGGAGCUGAGCAAUGAACUGGCUGUGCUGGCCAACAUCGAAAAGGAAUUCAAGAAUGACUACUGUUGCCUGUCGGGCCAGUGUAAAGACUAUUUGGUGGGUCUGCUGGAUUUGUGUCGGAGCACGGAGGAGGUGGAGGCCAUCCUGAGUGGAGACACCGACAGCGACGAAGCCUUCGACCUGCCGGGCCGACCCUCGCUCACGCGCCUCAAAUUGGCCAUCAAGUACGAGGUCAAGAAGUUUGUGGCCCACCCUAACUGUCAGCAGCAAUUGCUGAGUAUCUGGUACGAGAGUCUUCCUGGUCUGAGACAGCAGACCACAGCGGUCAAGCUGCUGGUGGUGCUGGGCGUGGCUGUGGGCCUGCCGGGCCUGGCCCUGGCCUACUGGGUGGCCCCCUGCAGCAGGGUAGGGAGAGUAAUGAGGAGCCCCUUCAUGAAGUUCGUGGCCCACGCCUCCUCCUUCACCAUCUUCCUGUGUCUGCUGGUGCUCAACGCUGCCGACCGCUUCGCAGGAACCACGCUCCUGCCCAACAUGACCACUCACCUGCGGCCUGCGGCACUGCCCCUCGAGCCCGAGCCCGAGCCCGACCCCCUGCUGCUCUACCGCAUGACCACCACGCCCUUCACCUGGAUGGAGAUCCUCAUCAUAUCCUGGGUCAUGGGUAUGAUCUGGGCGGAGGUGAAGGAGAUCUGGAGCCAGGGACCGGGGGAGUACCUGUUAGAGCCGUGGAACUUUCUGGACUUUGGCAUGCUGGCCAUAUUCCUGGCCUCCUUCAGUUCCCGCUUCUCAGCCUUCCGGCUGGCCCGCUCCGCUCAGACCUACGUCGACCAGCACUACACCACGCUCUCCAACGUCACGCUGCCUCCGGAGAUCCACUACUACACUCUGGCCCGUAUCUACUGGUUGCCGUCGGAUCCCCAGCUGGUAUCCGAGGGCCUGUAUGCCAUCGCCGUGGUGCUGAGUUUUUCCCGCAUCGCCUACAUCCUCCCAGCCAAUGAGAGCUUCGGGCCGCUGCAGAUCUCGCUGGGCCGGACGGUCAAGGACAUAUUCAAGUUCAUGGUCAUCUUCAUCCUCGUCUUCCUGGCGUUCAUGAUCGGCAUGUUCAACUUGUACUCCUACUAUUUGGGAGCCAAACAGAACGAUGCUUUUACCACCUUGGAGGAGAGUUUCAAGACAUUGUUCUGGGCUAUAUUCGGCCUGUCGGAGGUGAAGUCGGUCGUCAUUAACAACGGGCACAAGUUCAUUGAGAACAUCGGGUACGUGCUGUAUGGGGUUUACAACGUCACCAUGGUGAUCGUGCUGCUCAACAUGCUCAUCGCCAUGAUCAACAGCUCCUUUCAGGAGAUCGAGGAUGAUGCCGACGUGGAAUGGAAGUUUGCGCGCGCCAAACUGUGGUUCAUCUACUUCGAGGAGGGCAGGACUCUUCCUGUGCCUUUCAACCUGGUGCCCAGCCCCAAGGCUGCCCUGGGCCUGGUCACAUGCAUCAGAACUCUGCUGCUGCACCACCUGGUGGAGCAGGACCCGGUCAUCGAGGGGGCACAGCUCAACCAGCUGGGGGAAAGCAAGGUAUACAGUGGUUCAGCUGGUCCUACACGAUACCAGAAGGUCAUGAAAAGACUGAUCAAGCGCUACAUCAUCAAAGCCCAGACGGAUAAAGAAAACGACGAGAUUAACGAAGGUGAGCUGAAGGAGAUCAAGCAGGAUAUCUCCAGCCUGCGCUACGAGCUUCUGGAGGAGAAGUCUCAGAGCAUGGAGGAGCUGGAGGGGCUGCUGAGGAGGCUGGGGGAGAAAGUGCCAAACUUGAACACAAAGUGACACACACACACACACACGCACACUCUCACUUCUGACACUGGUCCAGUAGAAGGAGGAACAUUCAGGACUUUGACAAGUUUACUUGUACUGCUGGCUGGUCCAUCAACAUGCUUCAGUCUUCAAACUUCACCUAACAUCUGACAGAUGUAUUGGCUGUUUUAAAACAAAUGCCCAUUCAUAUUCUACGCAGGCUACUAUAAUGCUCUCAAACACCUAGAAAUGACUAAAUCUCAGACAAGAUUUUUGCUUUGUACUAACAGUCUUCAUUCAUGUGAAAUUAAGUUGCUAUUUGUAUUUAUUAAAAUCACAAUGUUCAA